AUGGCUGCUCCCAACCCCCAGGAUAUCGCGAACCAAUUCGUUGAUUUCUACUACAACACCUUCGACAACAACCGCGCCGGCCUGGCUGCUCUUUACCGCGACUCGUCUAUGCUUUCCUUCGAGAGUUCCCAAUUCCAAGGAGCUCAGAAUAUCUCCGAGAAGCUACAGAGCCUUCCGUUUCAGCGGGUCGUGCACAAGGUCGAUACGAAGGAUGUGCAGCCCUCAAGCCAGCAAGGUGGCAUCAUUGUCCUGGUCACCGGUGCUCUGCAGUUUGACGACAGCCCACAGCCCAUGAGCUUCGCUCAGACCUUCCAGCUCUUGCCAGAGGGCGGCAACUGGUUUGUCCAGAACGAUAUUUUCAAGCUGAUCUACCCUGCGUCUUGA